AUGCCAGUCAAAGACUUCCCAAAUCCUGCCCAAGCGGCACCGGCCAGAAAAGAGACAGGCGACCUGACCUCUCACGGCAGCACCAGUGGACACUGGACGAUGGAGUCGGACCUAGUGGACCGGCUCGAUGCCAGACAAGAUCCCAUCGCAUUCUGCCCAAUUGGGGCGGAUCAGCACGUUGAGUGUUUCACGCUUCUAUGUGUGGUCCCUCAAGGCGAGGCGGGUGCCCUCGGAUGA